UUUUGCAACACUUCUUCUCUUCUAUUUUCUUGCUCUUCUUUUCAUGGGUAUCUCCACUUUCGUACCAACAAUGACCACAACGCCCAAACAACAACAAACCCCUAAACGAAAGAGUAAACAGGAGAAGCAAGGGAAGCAACGCUCUUCAUGGGAUCAAAUCAAGAGCUUGCUCACAUGCAAACAGAUCGAAGCUUCAAAAGUCCAAGACCCUUCAAAGAACAUCAUCGUUGGUGGGUACACGAAGCUGGGUUCUUCUUGUAGAUCUAUUUGUAGUUUCCGAGAUGUGGUUCAUGGGAACACGAGAGUGGUGGACAGGGCUGAUAACUCACCGGAGAACAGCUCUCUUGGUCAGGAAACUGCUCUUCUUAGCCGGAAACUGGUGACUGGUUCUUCAACUCGAUCGUCAGCUUCCACUAGGUCCAACAAUGGAGGAACUUACUCUUCUUCCUCUUCCAGAGGAAUGCAAUUAAGGAAGCUUUCUGGUUGUUACGAGUGUCAUACCAUUAUUGAUCCUAGCAGGUACCCAUCUCCAAGGACUAGUAUCUGUGCUUGCCCUCAAUGUGGAGAGGUCUUCCCCAAGAUUGAAAUCCUGGAGCUUCAUCAAGCAGUCAGGCAUGCUGUUAUGGAGUUGGGGCCUGAAGAUUCAGGGCGUAACAUAGUUGAGAUAAUCUUCAAAUCGAGCUGGUUGAAGAAGGAUAACCCGAUCUGUAAGAUCGAACGGAUAUUAAAGGUUCACAAUACUCAGAAAACGAUCCAACGGUUCGAGGACUGCAGGGACGUAGUCAAGGCACGUGUGAGCAGUAACGCCAAGAAGAAUCCCAGGUGCGCCGCCGACGGGAACGAGCUACUAAGGUUCCACUGCACCACCUUAACGUGCGCACUGGGCGCACGGGGAUCUUCAACCCUGUGCAGUACCAUACCGGGAUGCGGCGUGUGCACCAUCAUAAGGCACGGGUUCUCAGGAAAGGCGCACGAUGGCAAGGGGGUGCGCACUACCGCCAGCAGCGGUAGGGCCCACGACUCCCUUAUAGUUAGUUGUACGGAGGGAAGACGGGCCAUGCUGGUUUGCCGGGUGAUAGCGGGGAGGGUGAAGCGUAUCGCGGACGAUGCGCCGCCAGACGAGGAGAGUGGGUCGGCCACCGGCACUUACGAUUCCGUCGCCGGGGAUGCCGGGGCAUACACGAAUCUCGAGGAACUCUUCGUCUUCAAUCCCAAGGCUAUUCUUCCAUGUUUCGUCGUCAUAUACAAAGCUCUAGACUGACCUGAACCACCUGCUGCAUGUACAAAUAAGGGU